AUGAAUUGUAUUGAUGCGCAGAGGGUGCAGUUUGGUACCCUUAUGCUCGAGAAGGAAGUUGAGGAUUGGUGGGGUAACACUGCUCAGAGGUUUGAAGAAGAGGGUAUUCAAAUUACUUGGGAUCUUUUCCGUGAUGCAUUUUUGAAAAACUAUUUUCCAAAAUAUGUCCGUGGAAAGAAAGAGGUGGAAUUUCUUGAGCUGAAGCAAGGUAAUGGUACCGUAGCGGAGUAUGUUGUGAAAUUCCAAAAGUUGAUCAAGUAUUGUCCUCAUUACAAUACUAUGAAUGCUGAGAGGUCUAAGUGUUUGAAGUUUGUGAAUGGUCUGAGGCAUGACAUCAAGAAAGCUAUUGAUGCCAAUCAGCCAAUAAAAGCAUUAACAGCGGAGUUGGUUAACAAGAGUCGGAUUUAUGAUGAGGAUAGUAGAGAGAGUGCUUCUCACUAUAAGUUUUCGAGUUAUGGGAAAGGAAAAGGACAAUAUCGUGGAAAACCGUAUGAUGAUAAGAAGAAGAAGAAAUCUAGUUAUGGAGGAAAGCCAAGUUGGGGAGGAUCUAGUGCUCUGGUUAAGUGUUUCAAGUGUGGUGUCGAAGGACAUCGUGCUAAUGAAUGCAACAAGAAAUCUAUUAAGUGUUUUAAGUGUGACAAGCUGGGUCACAAAGCUGUGGAUUGUAGGAGUGGUUCGGGUGUGACUUGCUAG